GUUCAACACUACAUCCAAGAAUCAGCUGUCCCUGGCGGAAAAAUUUAAAAAUUCUUUAUAGACAGCAUUCGUAUCUGUGCUUCAUAACUACUUUCAGUUAAACGUUAGAAAAAUGUCAUUUUCUAAAAUAAACCAAGAUUUUGAAUUCUUUCUUAACUUGGAAAGGGAAAGUAUUAAAAUAUAAACCAAAUUUUCAAUCAAUACUUGUCGGUCCUUUUGUUUCGAUAUUUUACUCAUAUCGGUAUUUUAAUUCGAUUCGAUACCAAGUAUAAGUAUCGAUAUUAUUCUUUCGAUAUCACGUCCCUACAGACUGUUGCAGCAGAUGUCCGUUCGACGGCGGCCGGCAGGGGCGGCAAAGACGGAACUCGCGUUAUCAGCGUCGUUAUCUACGAACAAGUGACCGGGGGCAAAAACGAAAUUCGCCGGCGGACACGUUCGCCCCGGGCUCCGGCGGAAUAUUGUUACGACCGGACUGCGUUCAUUAGAAUGUAUUUUCAUAUUUUUAUUUGUUGCGCAACGGUUUCCAUCCGUUCGGUUUCUCGCUCCGAACGUUUCUCGCCAGCAUCGAAUACGCGACGUGCCUAGUACCCAUCUAAUAGUAGUACCACGUCACUGGCGCCGUCAAUACUUACUCCGAGUAAUUUUCGUCGCCAAUACUCUAGAUACUCGUUCUAACGAUUUCAUAGACAUCAUUCGUUUUUUUCUCGAAGAGACCGUUUUGUUUUUACAAAUCCAUAAUGACCGAGUGGGUCGAGAACGCAGUCAAACUGAAAUCCAACAUAGAGCUAUACCCGAAUCCAGGAACCAAAGUGUUUCAAUACGGCACGUCAGGCAUUCGUUACAAGUGAGUGCAUAAAUAAAUAAUAUAUAUAUAUAUUAUAAAUGAACCCUUGUCAAUAAAGGUCCUCUCGGGUUAUGGUACUGGAAAAUCGUUACUAAUAGACACUCUUAUGGUUUUUUAGUUAUGAACAUUUGGAUCACGUCAUGCAUCGUAUGGGCAUGUUGGUAGCUUUACGGUCAAUGUAUUUAAAAUCUGCGGCAGUCGGCCUCAUGAUAACUGCUUCGCACAACCCACAAGAUGAUAACGGAGUCAAACUCAUAGAUCCCCAUGGAGAAAUGUUAGACAGCUCGUGGGAAGGGCUAGCCACCGAAUUGUCAAACGCUUCAAAUGUUCAUGAUUUAUGUUCGAUGUUUGUGAAUAUUGUUACAAAAUAUAAUAUCAGUCCGUUGUACACACCUCGAGUGUUUAUUGGUCGUGAUACUAGGUAAAUGAAUAUCAUUUUUAUUAAAUUUUUAUGUCUGGAUAAAUAAAAUUAAAAAAUUAAUAGAACCAUUUUGUUUUAGACAUUCAUGUAAACAAUUAUUAAAUGCCGUACUCAGUGGUAUAAAAGCUUUUAAAAGUAAUUUUGAUGAUUUCGGUAUAAUAACAACACCGAUGUUGCAUUUUUUUGUUAGAUGUCAUAAUACCAAUGGUUUGUAUGGUCAACCAAAUGAACAAUCUUACUUUACUAAAUUAACAAAUGGUUUCAAAAUAAUGCGUAAAAUGGUAAGUUCAUUUGUUUACAUACCUACACACAUAUUUGAUGAAAAUUUGUUUAUAAUAAUUAGUAUUUUUCUCCUUUAGUGUUUGAAUUUUAAAAACUAUAGUCCCAUAAUUGAAUUUGAUGGUGCAAAUGGGGUAGGCGCUUUAAAGAUGAAAGAUGCAAUUAAAUAUUUAGAUAAUACAUUGGUAAUCAAUAUGAAUAAUGAUGAUACGACUAACACAGAAAAAUUGAAUUUUAAAGUAUAAACACAAUUUUUGUUUCAAGUUUAGAAUAUUUAUUUAUUCAAACUUGUGAACUUUUAAAUUUUUAAGUGUGGUGCAGACUAUGUGAAAUCAAACCAAUGUCCUCCUACUGGAUUGGCCAUUAAACCAUCUGCCAAGUAUUUGUCUGUAGAUGGAGAUGCAGAUAGGAUUGUUUAUUCUUUCAUCGACGAAAAUAAUAAGUUUUUUCUAUUAGAUGGUGACCGAAUUGCUACUCUUGGUAUGUUAUAUAAAAUUAUAUUAGUUCGCUUAAUCUGUCAUAUUAUUGUAUUAUUAUAGUGGCUGGUUACAUGAAAGAUUUAUUCACUGUUUCCGGUCUCAAUGUCAAUGUAGGUUUAGUGCAAACUGCAUAUUCAAAUGGAAAUUCGACAAAAUAUGUCACUGAAAAAUUAGUAUGUAUUUUACAUUUUUACUUAUAUAUGUGUUUGUUUUUAAUUCAUAUAUAUUAAAAUUGUUUAAUUUGUACUAUUUAAAGUGUCUUUUCUAAAUUACUGUUAUUUUAUAUUGUAUUAUAUUACUAACACAUCCUUGUAAUGAAACUAAUUAUUUUAACUGGCCAUGAUAAAUAUAUAGAAUAGUACAGAAUUGCAUAAUAAAUAAUAAUAAUAAUUUUUAUACUAAGAUAAUUGAUAUUCAUUUACCAAUCUCAAGUUGUAAAAGUUUUUAAUGCAUAUAAAAAAAAUAGGUGGAAAUUUGAGAAGGUAAUAUAUGUACAGUCGUUUAAUUUAUAUCUGUAAGCAAUGGAUUAUUGAAAAAAUUAAAUCAUAAAUACAUUAUAAGUUGAUUAAUACUAGACCUGCGAAACUCUUUCGUCUUAAAUAAAUGUUAUUUAUGUAACCUAAAGAUGACUUGGGCCAAAGCUAGUAGUUAUCGUUAUUAUAUUAUUUUAUUAUAUUUUUUGAUUGAAUUAAUAAUUCUAUAUUUUCUUAACAUAUUAAUGAAGUAUACAAUUAAUAAUUAUGAUGUUAUAUUGAAAUAAUCUUUUCAUUACUAAUAAUGUUUUAGAAAGUUCCUGUUGCAUGUGUUCCAACUGGUGUAAAAUAUUUACAUCAUAAAGCAAAUGAUUAUGAUGUCGGUAUAUAUUUUGAAGCCAAUGGACAUGGUACUUUAUUAUUCAAAGAUGCAAUUGGUGAACUUAUUCGAAACCAGUCAGCUAUUGAAAAAGACGAGUAUGUUAUCUAUUUUAUUUUUUAAAAUUAUGUAUAUUCUUUACUUAUAAAUACUUACCAUAAAUCAUUUACUUGUGCACUUUUUAUCUGAUAGGUAUGUAUUCUAUUAUUGAAAUAAUAGUUGCAUUGUUCCUACUAAAUUAAUAAUUUUUAAAAUUUACUGAUUAGAUUGCGCUUUAUUGUUAUUAUUUUUAAGGAUAAAGUUAUUAGCAUUAAAGAAAUUGGUCUGUAUUAUGGAUAUGACUAAUGAGACUGUAGGAGAUGCUUAUUCCGAUAUGUUAAUUGUUGAAACUGUACUUUGUGAACGAGGAUGGAGCCUAAGCGAUUGGUAUAACACAUAUUCAGAUUUGCCAAAUCGUCUUACGAAAGUAACCGUAAAGGUAAAAAUCACUUUAGAAUUUAUUGAUGUUUAAAAACAAUAUUUAUGGUGAAAUAUUUUUAAUAACAGGACAGAAAUAUAUUUGCAACUGGUGAUGCUGAACGAAUUUGUACUAAGCCAUUGGGUCUUCAAGAAAAAAUAAAUUCAAUUGUUUCUAAGUAUCCAUUGGGUAGAUCAUUUGUCAGGUAAAAAAGAUAUUGUUUAUAUUAAUUAUUUUACACAAUGUUAAUAUAUUUUUAAAUUAAUUAUAUAAAUAAAUUCAUUGAAUAAAACUCACACUAGGAAUACAUGAGUUCACUAAAAAUGUUCUUUUAUUGUUAUUAAUUUUGAUGUUUGAAAAAACAAACUAGUUUUCUGAUUAAAGAACACAACUAGUCUUUUGUGUAGUGUUUAUUAUUUGAAUUUGUAUUUAACCUUGUUUGUAAUACUAUUUUUUGUAAUUAUAAACGGGUUGUGCAUACAUUGUGAAACUACGUUUUUAAAAAUUAAACUCCAUCUAUUUAUGUAGGUUGUUGGAAUGUUGAAUCUGAGUCUGUGGAGACUUCAAGAAUGUGUCCGAGUGUUUGAAUCACUUUGAUCCACUCAAUCUUAGAGUUUGGUUCCAUGGUCUGGAAACUUUAUCAGCUAGGACUAGUAGUCAGGAAACAAACUAGAACUAAUUCAAAGAAGUUAUUUUAUGAAUAGUAGCACAUAUUUAGGUAUGUUAGGUCAGCCAGCCAGAUAAUAUUCUUAAGUAGUUAGAACUAGAAUUCCUUGGUUCAAGGUGAUUUUAUAGUAUUGUAAUUUUUGUAUACAAACUAGUUAAUGCCUUAAUGAUAUUAUAGAAUGUUCCAUCCAGUUUCAUGUUUAGAUAGAAUCUCCCAUUUGUAAUGCUGUCUUAUAAGAGAACAAAUAUAUUUUUUUUAUAAUUAUAUAUUGCAUUCUUUUAAAAUAUAAUUUUUUUCCUUGGUCCAUUAGUUAAAUUUAAAAUAUACUAAAAUAAUUCAAUAUACAGGGUUAUUCAUUAAGCGUGUUCACUCCAUUUUUUGGUUAAAUUUUGCAUGUAUUCAAAUUUUGAAUUUUGGAAUUUUUAAGUGUAAUUAAAGCUGAUAUUUUCAAAUACUUUUCACAGCAUUUAAGGAGUAUUCUGCGGUGAUACCAACUUUGGUUUUUCAAAUGAUAUUAGAAAUACUAAAAAUUCCAUAAAUAGAUGAAUUAUUACUUUAAAUACAUUUAAUUGUUUUAAAUUUUUGAUUUCUGUCAACCUGUUAACGAGAUAUUUCACUUUUAAGUUUAUGUAUGGAGAUAGUAGUGGAACACUAAUAAAAUGUCACGUACCGUGCUACUACUCUUUCCCUACCUAAACUUAAAAGUGGAAUACCUCGUUAAAAAGUUGACAGAAAUCAAACAUUUUGACAUCAAAAUGUAUUUAAAGUAAUACUUCACUUAUCUAUGGAAUUUUUAAUAUAGACUAUCAUUUGAAAAACCAAACGUGGUUCGCCACAGUAUACUACUUAAAUGUUGUAAAAAAUCUAAAUAUUCGAAAAUGAGGUGAGCACCAAGCACAGCUUAAUGAAUCAUCUUGUAUAAUUUAUAUUCAUUCUAUAAAUUGUAAAAUGUAUAAAAUUGUGUGUUUGUACUAAUAGAUGAAUAUUUACAAAACAAAAAUAUAUUUUAUUGUUAUGUUUAUUAGAUCCAUUAAUAAAUAAUAGCAAUAAUAUCUAUAGCAAAUUUUGUACUAUUUUAUUUUACAGGCCUUCUGGUACAGAAGAUGUUGUGAGAAUUUAUGCUGAAGCAGAUACCCAAACAAAUGCUGAUAAACUUGCUGUUGAAGUGGCUACUACAGUUUAUGAUUUCGCUGAUGGUGUGGGAAAAAAACCAGAAUAACUUUAAUUUUAAAAAUAUGUGUUCAUUGAGUGCUGUAAUUAUUAUCAAGAUAAUUAAGUUUUUUUAUACAUAGUUUAUGAUUGUUAUUACAUUUUUAAGUGUUAAUAAUUAUUAAAAAAUAGAAUGAUCAACGUUAAACAAAUUUAUGUUUUAUAUAUCACUGUUUACACAUUAUAAUUGUUAUAACAUUUUUUUUAAGAAUUAUAUUAUAAAACUUUUAUUUUUAUAUGAUGUUAUUAAUUCUUUUUACACAUU